CAAGUGUAGCCGCACCAAAUGACCCCAACGUUCCCAGUCAAGUUCCCAGUCAACCAACUCAGAAAGAAGUCGCGUCUGCUGCAGAAACUACAGACGACGCAGUAGUAUGCUGGAUCUGCGCAGAGCCCGUUAAAUACUAUGCGGUAUCGGGUUGCAACCACCGGACAUGUCAUGUCUGUGCUUUGCGCUUGAGAGCGCUUUAUAAGAAGCUGGACUGUACGUUUUGCAAAGAACCACAGACAACAGUGAUAUUCACCACUUCCCCCGAUGCGCUGUUCUCUUCCUACACUCCUGACAUGAUCCCUUACAAAGACUCGAAGUUAUUAAUCUACUUCGAGACAAACGACAUGAUGGAAGAGACGCUCAUCCUCCUACGAUUUAACUGCCCUGAUUCGCAGUGCGAUUACACCGCGACUGGAUGGGGCGAUCUCAAACUACACGUCCGAGGUGCCCACGGGAAGAUGAUGUGUGAUCUUUGCAUUCGAUUCAAGAAGGUCUUCAGUCACGAGCAUGCUCUGUACACUUCGAACAUCCUGCCUUUACAUUUACCAUCAAUACCUCAUCGGUCUCACAAACAGGUGACGAUCACGAAAGAGCCGAUAGAAGGCGGCAUACAUCCGUUAUGCGUGUUCUGCAAAGAAUGCUUUUUCAGUGAUGACGAAAUGUAUGUGCAUAUGCGCGAACGACAUGAAGAAUGCUUCAUAUGCAAGCGGAAUGAAAUACGAGAUCAAUAUUUUCAAAACUAUGAGGCUCUCGAACAACAUUUUGAUCAAGCGCAUUUUGCGUGUUCGAAACCUGCUUGUCAGGCUCAAAAAUUCGUUGUGUUUGGAUCUGCGAUCGAUCUUAAGGCGCAUCAAGUUGAAGUGCAUGGUGCGGAGAUGUCCUCGCGGGAUAAGAAGAAUACUCAGCGGGUUGAAGCUGCGUUUGAGUUUGGGGAUGCCUCUGGUGGGCGUAGAGGAAGACGGGACCGGGAACGAGAACUUGAGUCGCCGCCGCCUGCGCAGCCUAGGGCGGUGGCGAGACGCAGGGAAGCUUUUGGUGCCCAUCUGACUUCCAGCUCUCCUGCGCCAAAUGGAGCCCAAACACCGCAGUCAUCCGGAGCUAGCCGACGAGCGUCACCAUCCCCCCAGCAGAACGGAGAGGACGUUGAUCCCGUUGUUGCUCAGCGUCAUGCAGCAUUCAUUUCACGGUUACAGUCUGUUGCACCAAACCCCACCACCGCGGUACUCGCUGCCAAGGCUGCUGUCCGAGGAUUCCGCCUCAACGAAUCGACCGCCCGUGAUCUAAUCUCAACCAUAUGGAACGUCCUUGACAGAAAUUUAGAUGAUACUGCGGGUAUCGUCAAUGCCAUUGUCGACUUGUUUGACGAAGAAGAUAAGAAGUCCAAUUUGCUCUCUUCUUGGAAUGGAUUCAAAAUCGAGCAACGUCAGCAGUUUCCUGAUCUCGUACCCCAGGAAGUGGGAUCGGGUUAUGCCGGCAUUACAUCCGGUCGCGUCUUGAACGCGAAGCAUGCUACUGCCACGCGGUCUGCGUCACAGUCUUCGAGACAUGUCUGGGAUCGCGUUGCACAAGUGGCUGGAUCUUCGUCAUCCCGCACAAAUUCGGCUCCUGCUCCAACGCCACGACCACCAGACAGUUUCCCGACCCUCGCAGGUCCUCCUCAGCCUGCGUUCCGCCAAAAGCAGCGGAACACCCCGUGGGCGUCUGGUUCUGGUUCUCCUACCACAGGUUCCCGAGCACCAAAAUCGGUGCCGACCCCUGCAGUACAGAAAGCUGUUGUUGCAAAGAAAGGUCCGCCUCCGCCGUCGCUUACAUCUGCUGCUUUCCCAGUGUUGCCUUCGUCUGGUAACUCUCGGGUGAUGAAACCUACGGUUAGUGGGAAUCAGUCCCUCCGAAACAUUCUGGGUGAAACUGCUCCGACUGUCGCUGCUUGGAAGAGCAAUGGCACAGGAAGCGGGAGUGGUACCCAGACACCAGAUGAUCGUAGUGUUGUUCUCGGUGAAGCUAAAGAGACGGCUGGUGGAAGGGGGAAGAAAGGGAAAGGGAAGCAGAAGCAAACUUUGUUUACUCUUGGUUCUUUCCCGACCUGAGUAGAGGCGUAGUCGCGGCUCCAUCUUGCGUCUAUUCUAGCUGAGAGACGGGGAAUAUUUGUCGUUUGCUAAUAUUGAAAGCUUGGUUGCGACUCCAAUCCUGCUAGCAUGAGCGGCGAGCGUGGCAUCCUUCUACGCAGUCACCAAACUCUGCCAACAACCUAUGAUCUAUGUGAUCAUGCGUCGUGAUACCAACUGUGCAGUUGUCCCGAGGAGUGUGUGCGUCCCCACAGUACCCUCAUAGACUCCGUGCUUUCUCCAGCUCCUGAUCAUAUCAUGACGCUGUCGCAGGUCAAAUUGGACAACCAUCAACUUCUAUGACCACCAUUGCAUUGCAAAAGGCAGUUGACAGGUGGGAGCUCGUGGAGCGCGCACGCGAGGUGGACGCGAAUGGUUCCGCGGGAUCAAAUGUUCCGUUCCUUAAAUACUGUCAGAGAAGGGUAAGUCUCGGUCAAAUGC